GCACCGGAACGGCAUCGAUACGGGUCAAAGACAUAAACGACAUGCCACCGCAAUUCACGAAGGAUGAGUGGUUCACCGAAGUGGACGAGACGGAGGGGCCAGAUCUGCCGGAGAUGCCGAUACUCACCGUAACCGUCCACGACGAGGACGAGACCAAUAAAUUCCAAUACAAGGUAAUCGAGAACAGCGGUUACGGUGCCGACAAAUUUACCAUGGUACGAAACAACGACGGCACUGGAUCGUUGAAGAUUGUGCAAUCGCUGGAUUACGAGGACCAACUGCAGAGUAAUGGCUUUAGGUUUAGGAUACAAGUAAACGAUAAGGGUGAAGACAAUGACAACGACAAAUACCACGUGGCCUAUUCCUGGGUGGUCGUGAAAUUGCGAGAUAUCAAUGACAAUCAGCCACAAUUCGAGAAAGCCAAUAUCGAGACUACUGUGCCGGAGAAUGCUCGCAUUGGCAGCAGCCUGGAAACAUUCAAGGCCACCGAUCCGGAUCAAGGUGGCAAGAGCAAGGUCUCGUAUUCCAUCGACAGGAGCUCCGAUCGAAAGAGACAGUUCUUCAUCAAUGAGAAUGGCACCGUAUCGAUACAGAGAAGUCUCGAUCGCGAGGAAACUCCUCGCCAUCAGGUUAAAAUUUUGGCGAUCGACGAUGGAAUACCGCCUAAAACCGCGACAGCUACUCUGACAGUCGUUGUACAGGAUAUUAAUGAUAAUCCACCGAGAUUCCUCAAGGAUUAUCGUCCAGUUUUACCGGAAUACGCGCAAACCAAGAAGGUCGUCGAGAUUCUCGCUACCGAUGACGACGAUCGGUCAAGGAGCAACGGCCCUCCGUUCACUUUCCGGAUGGACCCCAACGCGAACGAUGUUAUCAGAGCUAGCUUCAAGGUUGAAAGCGACAACAAGGGAGCUAAUGGAGACGGAAUGGCCGUAGUGUCGUCUUUACGAUCCUUUGACAGGGAGCAACAAAAGGAGUUCCUGAUUCCCAUUGUCAUCAAAGAUUCCGGAAACCCUUCUAUGUCUGGGACCAGUACCUUGACGGUUAUCAUAGGGGACGUUAAUGAUAAUAAAAUGCAGCCUGGCUCCAAGGAAAUCUUUGUAUAUAAUUACGCAGGACAAUCGCCGGAUACCGAGAUAGGUAGGGUGUACGUGUACGAUUUGGACGACUGGGAUCUGCCGGACAAGAAAUUCUACUGGGAGGGACUGGAGCACGCGCAAUUUAGGCUCGACGAGGACUCGGGGAUGAUUUACAUGAAAUCCGCCACGCACGACGGCAAGUAUCACCUACGGUUCAAGGUCUACGAUCGGAAGCACACGCAGACGGACGUGCCCGCGAACGUGACCGUCACCGUCAAAAAUAUCCCGCACGAGGCGGUGUUAAACUCAGGCUCGGUUCGAAUAUCCGGGAUAACGGACGAGGACUUUAUUCGUGUCUGGAAUUAUCAGAAUCAAACUCUGUCGCGGAGCAAAGCGGAUCUGUUUAGGGACAAGCUGUCGCAUCUACUGAACAUCGACAGGGAUAACGUGGACGUUUUCAGCGUUCAAUUAAGGAGAGUCCAUCCACCAUUGACGGACGUUAGAUUCGCCGCACACGGCUCGCUGUACUACAAACCGGUCAGGCUUAACGGCAUCGUACUUAUGCAUCGCGAAGAGAUCGAGAAAGACGUGGGUAUCAACAUAACUAUGGUCGGCAUCGACGAGUGUUACUACGAGAACGAGAUGUGCGAGGGCAGUUGUACGAACACCCUCGAUAUCAGCAACCUGCCGUACAUGGUGAACGCGAACCGGACCGCCCUGGUCGGCGUGCGCGUGGACGUGAUAGCCGAGUGCACCUGCGGAGCGCGGAACUUCAGCAAGGGCGAGUCCUGCAGGAACAGCCCUUGCUACAACGGCGGACGCUGCGUGGAAGAUCGAUUCGGAUUGUCAUGUCAAUGUCCGUCUGGCUACAACGGUCCGAGGUGUCAGCAGACCGCGAGAAGUUUUCGAGGCAACGGGUGGGCGUGGUAUCCCGCUUUGGAGAUGUGCGACAACAGUCACUUGAGCUUCGAGUUUAUCACGAGAAAAUCUGACGGGCUGUUAUUGUACAACGGCCCGAUUGUUCCUCCCGAAGUCGACGAGACAAUGGUUUCCGACUUUAUUUCGGUCGAAUUGGAACGCGGUAUACCGAGGCUACUGAUCGAUUUUGGAUCUGGCACUUUGGAGCUGAAAGUGAAACCGAAGAAAACCUUGGACGACGGCGAAUGGCAUCGACUUGACAUUUUCUGGAAUACGGAGACCGUGAAGCUCAUCAUCGACUUCUGCAAAUCCGCGGAGAUAUCCGAGUUGGAGGACGGGAACCAGCCGGAAUUCAACGACACUAGCUGCCAGGCCACGGGCACGAUACCGCCGUUCAACGAGUACCUGAACGUGAACGCGCCGCUGCAGAUCGGCGGUCUCUACGUGGAGCAAUUCGACCCGACGCACUACAAGUGGAAGCACAUGCCGGUGGGCAAGGGCUUCGACGGCUGCAUCAAGAAUCUGUUCCACAACAGCAAGCUGUACGACCUCGCCCAUCCGGGCCUCUCGCGCAACAGCGUCGCCGGCUGCCCGCAGACGGAGGAGAGCUGCAACAAUCAGGAGUCGACGUUGCGCUGCUGGGAGCACGGCACCUGCGUCGGCAGCUUCACCGAGGCGAGAUGCCAGUGCAAUCCCGGCUGGACCGGCCCGGGAUGCAUGACGCCGACGAUCCCGACCACCUUCAAGCCCCAGAGCUACGUCAAGUACGCGCUGUCCUUCGAGCCGGAUAAGUACUCCACUCAGGUGCAGCUGCGAUUCCGCACCCGCGAGAUUCACGGCGAGCUGUUCCGUGUGAGCGACCAGCACAACAGGGAAUACGCCAUUUUGGAGAUCAAAGACAGCAGACUGCACUUCAGAUAUAAUCUGAACAGUCUUAGGACAGAAGAGCGAGACAUCUGGCUCUCGGCAAUAGCCGUCGACGAUGGACAGUGGCACACAGUCAGAGUGUCGAGAUACGGAUCCGCCGCAACUUUGGAGCUGGACGGCGGUGAGGGACGUAGAUUCAACGAGACCUUCUCCUUCGAGGGCCACCAGUGGCUCCUGGUCGACAAACAGGAGGGUGUCUACGCGGGUGGCAAGGCGGAAUACACUGGCGUUCGCACAUUUGAAGUUUACGCGGAUUAUCAGAAAGGUUGUUUGGACGACAUAAGAUUAGAGGGGAAACAUCUUCCGCUACCACCCGCCAUGAACGGCACUCAAUGGGGUCAAGCGACGAUGGCGCGAAAUCUGGAGAGGAAUUGUCCGUCGAACAAGCCGUGCGCCAAUGUCAUAUGUCAGGAUCCCUUCGAGUGCAUCGAUCUCUGGAACGAGUACGACUGCACUUGCGGGGAGGGGAGGAUUCCCUCGCCGGAUAACAAAGGGUGCAUGGACAAAAACGAGUGCAUUGACUAUCCCUGCCUGAACGGUGGCAGAUGUAUCAAUCAGGACCCGCGAUUCCGAUACCGAUGCAUCUGUCCCGACGGUUUCUGGGGCGAGAACUGCGAGCUGGUCCAGGAGGGUCAAACGCUCAAGCUGAGCAUGGGCGCGUUGGCGGCGAUUCUCGUCUGCCUUUUGAUUAUUCUCGUUCUCGUGUUGGUAUUCGUCGUCUACAACAGAAGACGAGAGUCGCACAUAAAGUACCCCGGACCGGAUGACGACGUGAGGGAAAACAUCAUCAACUACGACGACGAGGGCGGCGGAGAGGACGACAUGACCGCGUUCGAUAUCACGCCUCUGCAGAUCCCGAUCGGUGGUCCGAUACCGGAGAUGGGCGGCAAGCUGCCACCGUGUAAAGUUGCCUAUCCGCUGGGACCGGAGCCGAACGUCGGCGUUUUCAUUGAGGAUCACAAGAAGAGGGCCGACAGUGAUCCAAACGCACCCCCCUUCGACGAUUUACGGAAUUACGCGUAUGAGGGUGGCGGAAGCACCGCGGGUUCUCUGGAAUCAUUAGCUUCCGGUACAGAUGAUGAGCAACACGAGUACGAGUACUUAGGCGCCUGGGGCCCGAGAUUCGACAAGCUGGCCGACAUGUACGGUCCGGCGGAGGAGAGCGAGGAGGAGGAAUAAUCAGCCGAGCAUGUAGCCGUGUCUCCACGUCACACCGCACCGAGUAACGCGAUCCACGUCAUCCGAAAUGGGUACACGUGAGACCUCGAUCGAGACGACCCGGUCCGUCACGUCGCCGGAUGGCAGGGAUCAUCAUCAUGAAUGAGCAUUCGGAGGAUCUUCGAGGGCGAAAGAGUGAGCACGCCUGAUCCCUUCGCCGAGAGUGGACGGAAAAUCCUCGACGAACGGCGAGGGGCAACCUCCUCGUAGUUGUGCAGCCAUAUAGUGAAAGUACUAAGUACACGACGUUGAUGUCGCGCACGCACCGCGCGUGUCACGCGCGCGGCACCUCGCCGGUCGGUGUCAUCCGCGGUGCGUGGACACGACACGUACACACAUACACACAUACACAAGAGACACACGUACUCGGGGUCGAAGGUGCAUAUAAAGGAACGUUGCAAUAGCGCGACACGGUAUAGAAAGGUGGUAAAGGGCGAGCAGAAGGCGGACAGAAGUCGCAGCGUAUAUUUAACUGUAUAGUACGUUAUUACGUAGUGAAAAUAUCCAAAGACACGCGCGCGACAAGACUUUUUCUAACGUGAUCCACCACCUCCCCCCCUCUCCCAGUCGCUCAUCCGGUCACACACCGUCGUCGGUAAAAAUCACCCCCUCCCCUCCCCUCCCCACUCCUCCCAUGCAUACACCUAUAUAUACAUAUAUAUAUAUAUAUACGUGUAGGUGUAAUAUCGGCGUCGUUUGUCGUCAAGUGUCGGAUCUUAGAACGGCGUGUGGUCCUCGCGCAGCCGGGAUAUCGUUCGUUUAUUAUUUAAAUGUCGCGCAAAUCGGCGCGAACGUGUUAGAUGUGUUGUAACGAUUAAUAUCAAGGGCAUUCACACGCAUUCAAACAUAUAUACAUACACACACAUAUACAUAUAUACGUUGACACGAUACCGGCGAUACCGUUCUCGAAGACGGGCAUGAUUCGUCGCGCCGGCGGCGAACCCCUUCGUUUCUUCGCUCCUCUCUGCACGACAGAGACGUCCCCCCCCCCUCCA